AUGUCCACCCCUCAAUCCGGCCGAAACAACUACCAACCCGACGUCGCUUCAGCGGCAGAAUCACGCACCGCAUGGGAAACACCGCCACUAGUGGCUGUGUUGGAGGCUGUUCCGGGACCAGACGGUUUUCGAUCGGACGAUGCCAAGGUCAUAUUGACACUUCUUUCUUUUUUAUCAACAUCCGACCCAAUCUCCCUGGACCUUCUCUCUCAUGGGGCUGCAGCACGUAAACGAUGGACCACACUAGGCGGAAUCGAAGAAGUGGACGCGGUCCACGCUGGUCUUGCUCCAGAAUUACGCAACUUGCUAUCAGAUGGCAAAAGGCUGGAGAGUGUCUUUGAUGGCCUGUGUCUAUCGUCGGUCGUUUCGAUGGACAAUGACGAGAACUAUACCUUGGAUGAAGCCGUUGCGAGCCGUGUUCGCGAGGGCGUGCCUGCAGAGGACCUACCUUUUUGGAGGUGCCAGGCCUUGGUCGUUUCAUAUCGAGCAAUCCCAUGGAAAUACAUCCAGCCUGCGACUUCAAAUGCAAAGCUAUUCCUACCGCACCUUGAGCAUACUCUGCAAGCCUUUCAAGAUCACUUCGACUUGCUACAUACGAGCACUAGGAUUGACCUUGCGCUCACCCUUGUCGAGGCAUCUCGAUUUCCCACUAUAGCAUGGAAACGCUCUGUCAUUAGCCAAGCGGAAAUCGCCUCGAGCGGCCUGGAGCACCCAUACUUGGAUUGCCGCAUCGCACAGUCACAGAGUCUUCUCAGUCGGAUUGCCGGUGACAUGGAUUACGCCACCAAAAUCAUCAGCAAGUCCGUUCAACCCAAGGCCGAGGUGGAUAAGAGAAUGAAUUCUGCACUCGGCCAAGCAACUAUUCAGCGUUCUUUGAACUGUAUUCAAGUAGAAGACCUCAAGACCGCGAAGACACUACUUGAACAAUGGACACCUCUGGACCAGAAUUCAUCACCAAUCGAGCAAGUCACCGUCUUCCGUAAAGAACUAUUGCUUGGGAGGGUUCUGCGCUUCCUCGGCGUAUUCAAAGAAUCGUUGUUGCACCUUGAUCAAGCACGGGAAACUGCAGAGCAUGGCAAGGACCUUCUGUUCGAUGAAGAUCUCUGCGAUCUUACCUGUGAGCAUGCCGAUACGCUACGAGAACUCGACGACCCUGGAGCUGCCGAACAUCAUCUCCGCGCAGAAAUUGCCAGGCGAGGUCAGAAAGGUCUCUCCUCAGGAAGGCCUCGUCUCGAGAUAUCCCUAGCGGAAGCCUUGUUUGCUCAGGAACACUUUCAAGAGGCGGAAAGGCUUUGCUUGGACAUUCAGUCCCGCCCCGGCCUCCUGAAGUUUGAGAAAUUACGCUUGCACAUCACACUUGCAAAAAUACGCCACGUCCAGUCUGAUAAGGAAAGUGCUCUGUCGUACUGGCAAGAAGCGAUGGAGGAAAUCGGUAAAUUCCAGCUAACCAACGGCCGCACAACGCGAAUCAUCGUCAUAUCCAUCUGCGACGCGCUGAAAGACCUUGGCCAGACUUCGCUGUUGAACGAAUACAUGAAGCAGCUGGAAUCGCUGGGUAAAAUGAUGAAACCGGGAGGUACUAUGUAUUGGAUUGCAGGUAUGCGGCAUUGGUCAGAAUACUUGGAAUGUCGAAGUUCGCGUUCCUAG